GUUUUAUAGUGGUGGUUGGACGUGCUCGCCAAGUCACAUGACCACCUGUCAGAAAGGGGAGUCUGAAUCGAACGCACCUACCUGGAAGCGCACCUGCGGUCCCCAGCGGGGUUCCUCCCCUGACGUGGCAAAGCGGGGAUGGGGCAUUAAAGGGAAGUCAGCUGCUCUGCUUCUCAUCCUGCCAGUCUCGGCUUCACCGGGUUCUGUGGGUGGUGUCGCCUCAGAUUUGGAGUCUAACGCCGGAAAAAUGGAAAUGACACUUUCUUUAUUUCACUGCUACGAUGGAUUGUAUAUAAAUCCGUUUUCUAACUUCACUAGCUCUGAAAUUAAGUCCGUGUUGUUCAUCUUGAACCUUUUUUAACCUAAAAUCUACUGCUUGUCUUGUUUCCAAUAAUUUACCAUUAAUUAAAUGUAACUUUUUUAUUUUAUGCGGCAACCCAGUUUCAUUUUAACACCGCAGCCAAUCAGCGAUUAUAAAUAAUGCACGGAUUCAAAUGAAGGAAACGCUCCGUGACUCAUGUUUAUUCAUGCAGUCUUAUCCAGUGAUCCCACCGUAGAAAAAGUUUUCGCCACCUCCUCUCGACUCGUGUCACCUCCCGCCCUCUUUUCACCCCUCCUUCCCCAUCGUCUAUCUGUCGCUCUGUGACUCAUCCGAACAAAAACUCGUGCGUCGCCCCUCAAACUAACUCACUCCUCUCCCACCUCAGCCCGUCUCCUCUCCAUCCAUCGCGUCACAUUAACCCCUCAGCUGCAGCUUGACUCCCAGACUGAGCCUCCGCCACCGCCACCGCCAUGCUCUGGAAAUCACGAACCAAGACCGACAGUUUCCAGCUCCCGGGUUCUGGUGGUUCCGUUCAGUGGCCUGAAAGUCUGCGCAUCCUGUUGAAUUUUGAAUUUGGGGGCAUCCAGAGCGGUCCAGAUGUUAAUCCACACCUAUUCUGCUAUGGACCGCGCAGACGGACUGAGCGGCUCUUCGCCGAGCGGGCGCCUCUCCCAGCUGUCCUCCCUGAACCAGGCCGCCUACUCCUCGGCUCCUCCGCUAUGCCACACUCCGGCCUCCGACUUCCAGCCCCCCUACUUCCCUCCCCCCUACCCGCAGUCCUCCCUGCCGUACUCGCAGACGCAGGACUCGGCCUAUUCCCACCUGUCAGACCCGUACCCCUCCAUCAACUCCAUCCAUCAGCACCAGCAAGCGGCGUGGCACUCGCAGAGGUCGCGUUCCGAGGAGGGGGGGCUCUUGUCACAGUCUCACCGGGCUCUGAGCCUCGACCCCCGGCGGGAGUAUCCAGCUGUCCCUCGGCUGCUGCACGGUCUCGGGGAGGGGGCUGCCGCACUCGGCGACGGUCCUCUCGGGAUGCACCUGGGACAUCACGGCCUGGAGGAUCUUCAGGGAAUGGAGGAAGGAUCAGCCUUGGGCAUCCUCGACCACUCUGUCAUUAAAAAAGUUCCCAUCCCGUCCAAACUCAACGGCUCGUCGCUGUCGGCCCUGUCCAUCGGGAAGGAGGGCCUGGGCGUGGGCGCCGUGUCCAACCCGGCCGAGGUGUUCUGUUCGGUGCCCGGGCGGCUGUCGCUGCUCAGCUCCACCUCCAAGUACAAGGUGACGGUCGGCGAAGUGCAGCGGCGCCUGUCUCCACCCGAGUGCCUCAACGCGUCUCUGCUGGGGGGGGUCCUGCGCAGGGCCAAGUCAAAGAAUGGUGGCCGAUGUCUGAGAGAGCGUCUGGAGAAGAUUGGCCUCAACCUGCCCGCCGGGCGCCGCAAGGCGGCCAACGUCACUCUGCUGACAUCUCUAGUGGAGGGUGAGGCCGUCCAUCUGGCGCGAGACUUCGGGUACGUGUGCGAGACGGAGUUUCCAGCCAGAGCCACAGCCGAGUACCUGUGCAGGCAGAGCGACCCGGAGCAGCUGCCCACGCGGCGCAGCAUGCUGCUCGCCACCAAGGAGAUCUGUAAGGAGUUCGUGGACCUGAUGUCCCAGGACCGGUCCCCGCUGGGCGGCAGCCGGCCCACGCCCUGCCUGGAGCCCGGCGUGCAGGGCAGCCUCACCCACUUCAGCCUGCUCACCCACGGCUUCGGCACCCCGGCCAUCUGCGCCGCGCUCUCCGCCUUCCAGAGCUACCUGAUGGAGGCCAUCAAGAUGCUGGACAAGGGAGAGGGCGGCGGCAAGAGCCACCACGACAAGGAGAUGAAGCACCGCAAGUAGAGGGAGGACCCGGGGGGGGGGGGGGGGGGGCCGAGGCCCCCCUGCGUCCUCACCUUCACCCUCAGGAGAAAAACUGAGACUUUUACCUCCCAGAACCCCUGAGGUCCGCCUCACGGAGGAGGACGGGGUCCUGGUGAUAUCUGUACUGUAAUGUGUGUCCACAACCACCUCGCUCUGGCACAUGGACCUCUGUUCUCGGCAGCUGGUUUGUGUCACGGUGGAACCUGCCAAACGCCAGGAUGAGUUGCUACAUAUGGUUUCACUUACCCUCCUUUUUUAUUUUAUUUGAUUUGGUAAACAUGUCACUUGUGUCUGUGUUCUAGAAGCUCCUGCCUUCAUCAAACACACACACACACACGCACGCACACACGCACGCACACACACCCCUGAACGCUUCUUUAUUGGGACUGAACUCAUCUGGGAAGAGUCGUAAGCCAUAUCCGAGACAACGACCUGGUCUUUGCUCCUCUGGAACUUUGGGAGACUUUUAACUCCAGCUGUUUGGACGACUUCCUUGUGUAGUUCUUCUUAGUUGGGGGUCAUGGGAAAUUGGGUUCUCUGGAUUCACUAGGAGGGAUGACGAGGAGUCAAAGGCAGCUAAAGAAGAUUAGUUUUGUUUAAUUUUGAUGUGUUGGUAACUUAAAAUCACACAAAUCAUUUUGUACUUUGUGUAUGUUUAUUAUUAAUGUUAUUACUGUUAUUAUUAUUGUGUUAUGGCAUAAAUGUAAUAUAUUAUUAAAGAAUUAAGAAGUGUU